AUGGUUGUUAUGUACAACAUCAUGGGCCGCCAGGUCGGAUCCCACCACAAUAUGAACAGCNUCGCCCUCGGUAUCCUCACCUCCCUCUUCGCCGGUAUUGGUUACGCCUCAAGCGGCGGUGCCAAGAAGGCCACUGGCUCUACUCCCNCCAUCAACGCUUCAUCCAAGGACGAGGAGAACUUCAUCCAGCAAUUCCUCAAGGAGAGCGAGAAGAAGCAGGAGCAGGCCAAGCACUAG